CAGCUGUUUGUUUUGUUUUCGGGCAUGAGAUUCACGUGACACCACCGGUGCUGGUGGCGGCUCGCGCGGUAGCGCCGUAUCAAAGACGGCGAUUGGACGAGCCGUUGCAUUCGCGCACCAUUCAACCAAUCGUAGGUGCCGUUAGAAGGGAGGCCUGGUGCUUCUACGGUGCAGAGACGUUUGACAUCGAUAAAUGCGUGAGAGUGCUCGCGAAGUGCGGAGGUACCAGGCCGUAGUUCGUUCGUCGGCUCGUCAUCGUCCUCGUUGUCCUCGUUAUCCUCGUCGUCGUAAUCGUCGAGGACUCGUACUGGGUUAGUUAUCGUAAACGUCGAGGACGUCAUCGACAUCCUCGUAAUUAUCGCCGUGUCGUUGUCCUGGUUCUCGUCAUCAUCAUCAUCAUUAUCGUCAUCAUCAUCAUCAUCAUCAUCAUCAUCGUCGUCGUCGUCGUCGUCGUCGUCGUUAUCGUCGUCGUCGUCGUCGUCGUCGUAAUCGUCAUAGUCGUAGUCGUCGUCGUCGUUGACGUCGUUGACGUCGUUGACGUCGUCAUCGUACCUUCCGAGACCUGCUUUCCUUUGUUCUCUGGCCAGAGUCCCCCUCCUCGUUGCUCGCGUAAAUCUGUGCGGUGGCAGUGCUCCGGAAGAAGUGUAGAAGUGUGCCGAGAAUCGAGUGAAAGAAAGAAAGCCCCCAAGGAUUACGUCAAACCAAGGAAAUAUGAGCAUUGCUGCCCUACUACAGGCCGCCGAGUAUAUUGAACGAAGGGAAAGAGAAGCUGAACAUGGCUAUGCUUCGACGAUGCCGAUACCCGAUGAUAUGCGGACGGUCACAAAAAGGCCAAAAACGAAAAAAUCCCAAGGCAGUAGAACGACUCAUAACGAGCUGGAGAAAAAUAGGAGAGCUCACCUCAGAAAUUGUCUCGAAAAGUUGAAGAUGCUGGUACCCUUAGGUCCUGAAACUUCGAGGCACACCACGUUGGGCCUCUUGACCAAGGCCAAACGUUUUAUCAAAAGCCUGGAGGAACGUGAACGGAAACAUACGGUGCACAAGGAACAACUUUCGCGCGAGCAAAGGUUCCUAAGGCGACGGCUCGAACAGCUGACGAGUCAAACAGGCUUGCACGGCCUUCAUCAGGGUCUCCAUCAAGGUCUCCAUCACGGACAUGCACUCCAUCAUGGACUUCACCACGAGCAUGGGCUGAGCUCAUCACCAUUGAGCUCCUCCGCACCAAGCGGAUCCUCUUCCGCUGCGGCCGCGGCUGCAGCAGCUGCGGCACUUCUCUCGAAACGGCGCAGUAUCUCCGAGUGCUCACUCGGCACGGCCUCCUCCACCAGUUCCACUGCAAGCUCCAGGAACUCCGACAGGUCUGCUGGCAGUCCAUCCGUCUCGGAGUCCGAUGAAGUGGACGUGAUCGGUUAUACCAGCAACCAAUCGGACACCGAUGACCACAGCAGUGUGCAAAGUAGCAGCGACAGUGGCGUCGCGAUGUCUACAUCCAGGCUGACCCUUUCUGAAAUGAUGGACAAUCUUUAGACAAAGAGGUGGCGCGGUGGUGGCGGCGGAAGAAAGUGGAGAGGAAGUGUUUGAGAGCGUGGAAGCGAAGAAAAAAGAGGGAGAAAAAAAAAAGGGAAGAAGUCGAAGAGGAGAUGGAAUUGGAAGAGAAAGGAGAGAGGUGGAGGUUGGAGAAGCUAGAAUAGGAGAAAAAUGUAAGAGAGAUACAGGGUGGUGAAGAGAACAAGAACGCGAAGAUGUAGAAGAAGAAGAAGAAGAAGAAGAUGAAGAGGAAGAGAAGAAACAGAAGAAAAAGAAAAAGAUGAAAAUUCUUCGAGUGUAACGGAGAUCGACGGCGUGCGAAGUAUCGGUGCAAAAAUACACACGCACACACAUACACAAAUGCAUACACACAUAUAUACAUACGUACAUUCAGAACAAAUAUAUAGAGAAAAAUAAAGAAAGAAAGAAAGAAAUACAUUUAGAUAUAGUAUAACACACGCAUCAUAUACAUACAUACGUACACAUACACACACACACACACACACACAUAUAUAUACAUACGAAGAUGGACACACGCGCUCGAUCAUUUCUUAUCGAAUGCUUUACUAUUCUCGGAUGGCAGAUCGAGACACAUCGUAUAGAAGAGAAGAAGAAGAUCGUUCAAUUCUAAGAGCGCGUGUAGGUCGCUUACAUAUACGUGCAGCAAGAAGUGGAGAAGAGGAAGAAGAAGAACAAAAAUGGUUGCUGUGGCCCCUGCAGAGUCAUGGGAGCAAUAGAAAUAAGCAAAACGAAGAUAGGUGCGGGGUAUGAGGAGGAGUAAAAGGUUUAGAGGAGUGAUAGAUAAUGUCUUUGGAAAGCAAAGAGAAAGAAGACGAAGAAGAAAAUCAGAAGGAAGAGAAGGAGAGGGGUAGAAGAGGAAGUGGAAGAGAUGGAAAAAUGGGUGGUGAGGAAGGCUGCUGGUAACAAGAACGAAAGGACCAUUCUUGUCUCUUGGAAGAACUAGCUUGAAGGA